AUGGAGCUAGUUGAUAGAAGAUUGGGUUCAGACUUCAACAAAAAGGAAGCUAUGGUGGUAAUCAACGUGGAUCUCCUAUGCACCAAUGUCACUUCAAACCUUAGACCCUCCAUGUCGUCGGUGGUAAGUUUCCUUGAAGGGAGGGUUGUGGUUCCAGAAUUUGUUUCAGAUUCAAGUGAAGUAAUGGAUGAAAAGAAGUUGGAAAGUAUAUCAAUUGAUGAGUCAUGGACUGCCACAUCUUCAUCAGCUGUAGACCUUUAUCCUGUCCACCUUGAUUCUUCCUAUUGGGAGGAAAGAAAUUAA